UUUCAGGUAUUAAUAGGAUAAGUGAAAAUAAGAAUAUCCAGAUAUUAAGAUAAGAACUAAAAGAACCUAACAGGGAAGCAUUCAUAUUUCAAGAUCUCUAAGAAGAGGCAGCAAUAUUUAAUAUGGAAAAAAAACCUUGUGAAUCACAUAAUGAAGAUUUAUCAAGUAGUGGCAUUGCAUCCAAUGGAGGUUCUUCAAGUCCAUUUUUUAUGUCACCUAUACGUGGUACAAUAAUUGAAAACGCAUCAGCACCUGGGAUUGUGACGCAAAUCCCCUUUUUCCCUAAAUAUGAAGUAGAACCUGAUUCUCACAGGAAAGUCAUCCCUUACCCUGGAAAAGAACACAUCGAACGUGUUUUGGAGGAAUAUUCACAUCAAGUCAAAGAUUUGCAGAAAAGACUAAAUGAAAGCAAUGAAUUGCAUGAGAAACAGAAGUUUUACUUAAGGCAGUCAGUCAUUGAUUUACAAACAAAACUUCAAGAGAUGCAAAUGGAGAGAGAUGCCAUGGUGGACAUCAGACGAAGGGAGAAUCAGUCCCAGGAGGAUUUAAAAAAUCAGCUUCAAAAUACAGUUCAUGAACUUGAAGCUGCUAGAAGCCUUAAGGAGGACAUGCUGAAUGAUAGCAACACACAGAUAGAUCAGCUAAGAAAGAUGAUGCUUAGUCAUGAGGGAGUGCUUCAUGAAAUCCGAUCAAUCCUAGUUGACUUUGAACAAGCCUCAGGCAAGAAAAUAUAUGAACACGACAGCCUGUCUACUAUCCACUUCCGCAACAUGGGCUCAGCUAUUAGUAAAAUCCUAAGAGAAUUAGACACAGAGAUUUCUUAUCUUAAAGGGAGGAUAUUUCCAGUAGAGGAUCAGCUUGAAGCACUGAAAUCUGAAUCACAGAACAAAAUAGAGCUGCUUCUUCAACAACAUCAAGAUAGGAUUGAGCAGUUAAUAAGUGAACAUGAAAUAGAAAUAACAGGACUCACUGAGAAAGCUAGCAGUGCUCGAAGCCAAGCCAAUAGUAUCCAAAGUCAACUGGAAAUCAUUCAAGAACAAGCAAGAAACCAAAAUGCAAUGUAUAUGCGUCAACUCAGUGAUCUGGAAUCUACUGUUUCUCAGCUCCGUUCUGAAUUAAGAGAAGCCAAAAGGAUGUAUGAAGACAAGAUAGAAGAGCUGGAGAAGCAGCUGGUCCUGGCCAACUCAGAGCUAACUGAAGCGCGGACGGAGCGCGACCAGUUCAGUCAGGAAUCGGGGAAUUUGGACGAUCAACUUCAAAAGCUGUUGGCCGAUCUCCAUAAGCGAGAGAAGGAGCUGAGUCUGGAGAAGGAGCAGAACAAGCGUCUGUGGGACCGGGACACCGGCAACAGCAUCACCAUUGACCACCUGCGGCGGGAGCUGGACGACAGGAACAUGGAGGUGCAGCGCCUGGAAGCCCUCCUCAAGGCCAUGAAGAACGAGUGUCAGGGCCAGAUGGAACGGCAGAUGGCAGCAAUUCAAGGAAAGAAUGAAAGCCUAGAAAAAGUGUCCUCCUUGACCGCUCAGCUUGAAUCCACCAAAGAGAUGCUCCGCAAAGUCGUGGAAGAGUUGACAGCCAAGAAAAUGACCCUGGAGAGCUCCGAGAGGACCGUGUCGGACUUGACCGCUUCCCUCCAGGAAAAAGAGAGAGCCAUUGAGGCCACCAACGCGGAGAUCACCAAGCUGCGCUCCCGGGUCGACCUGAAGCUGCAGGAGAGGCAGAGAUACUCGAUUUUAAAAGAUAAAAAAGAUUCAAAGAUACGAGAGCUGGAGGCCAGAGUGAGUGACCUGGAGCUGGAAAAGGUGAAGCUUGUGAAUGCAGGCUCUGAGCGGCUCCGCGCAGUGAAGGACAUCAAACAGGAGAGAGAUCAGUUAUUAAACGAGGUGAAGACUUGUAGGAAUGACUUGAACAGCCUUACAGAGGACUAUGAAGUCUUAAAAAGGAAUUUUCGAAACAAAAGUGAAGAAAUGGAAACUACUACAAAUAAGCUAAAAAUGCAAUUAAAAUCUGCACAGUGUGAACUAGAACAAACAAGAAAUACAUUGAAAUCAAUGGAAGGAUCUGAUGGUCAUGCUAUGAAGGUGGCAAUGGGGAUGCAAAAGCAAAUCACAGCUAAAAGAGGUCAGAUAGAUGCCCUUCAGAGCAAGAUACAAUUUUUGGAAGAGGCAAUGACAAAUGCAAAUAAGGAAAAGCAUUUUCUAAAAGAAGAAAAGAAUAAAUUAAGCCAGGAAUUGACUACUGUUGCAACAGAGAAAAAUAAGAUGGCUGGAGAACUAGAAGUCCUGAGGUCUCAGGAACGUCGUUUAAAAGAAAAGGUUGCAAAUAUGGAAGUUGCUCUUGAUAAGGAACUUCAGGGCCCUGGAUACACCUCAAAUCCUUCUGUGAAACCACGUCUUCUGAAGUCCUCUGCCCGUCCUCACUCCAAUAUGCCGUCUACCCAGUCUACGGCCAGCUUCCUAUCUCAUCACUCUGUGAAACCUAACGUCCUGAAGGAGGACCCCACAAAGGACCUGAAACAGCUUCUGCAGGAGCUGAGAAGUGUGAUCAACGAGGAGCCCUCUGCGCCUGUGGGCAAGGCCGAGGAUGAUGGGAGAGCACCGUCCCUGGGAGUCACGUUUGGGGCUGUAGAUGGUAGAGUAAGAGAUUGCGUUACUGAGUCAAGCCUGAGAUUAGAGAUGUGCCAUAGAAACAGCAACUCAUUAAGGGAGUCCACCGAAGGCAGCAAAUCAAGUGAGACUUUCAGCAGAGAGCCAGUCGCAUUGCACACAGGAGAGCUGGACGAUCCCUCGAGCUGCUUCACAUUCCCCUCUACAGUCAAUCCAUCUGUGAAAAAUUCAGCUACUCGGUCAUUCCAUUCUUCUCCUAAGAAGUCUCCGGUUCACUCCCUCCUAACUAGUUCGGCUGAAGGUUCCAUAUGUUCCACAUCCCCAUACAGGUCCGCCAAAACUAUCCAUUCAACUGACUCUGUUAAAGCUUCACAGUCUCAGCCAAUAGAAACCACAGGAAAAACAUGCAGGAAGCUUCAGAACAGACUGGAAAGCUUGCAAACUCUGGUGGAAGAUUUACAGUUGAAGAACCAAGCAAUGUCUUCAAUGAUAAGAAAUCAAGAAAAGAGAAUACAGAAAGUGAAAGACCAGGAAAAAAUGUUACUAAAGUGACACAUUGCUUGCCUAUUCUUUACAGAGAUAUGAUGCCCAAUUAAUUGUGGUGUUACUUAUAAAUAGUGCCCUGCAAACUUUUUUUUCUUUUUAUGUGAAAUUUUAAUUAAAGAUACCCUGUCUUGUACACUCUAUUUUGAAAUAAACUAUUCUUGAAUGCUCUCCCAGUAAAACUUGAAGCAGUACUCACUAGUUGUGAAAGUAUUCAUAACUUAAAAUGUAUUACUUUGUGCUAGUGUCUUAGAAUUAUUAUGCCUUUUUUCCUCUCUUUUUUUUUUUUUUAAACUGGUGCUGAAGCAAUAGUGUUGUUGUUGUUUUCCCCAACUUAAAAAACAAUAUUUACAUGGAAGUGAAAGAUGUGGUAUAAUGCCCGGAACAGGGCAGACUCUGACACAUGACAG